AAAACACAAAAAAAAAGUCCUCAACGGUAAAACUCGGAGGAGGCAAAAAGUCCUUCAGCUCCAUUUCCCUCGGCCGGCGUCGGCCUGAUUCCGCGUGAGUCCUGCGGGAUAGACUGGCGGUCUAACCAGAUGCGCCGUAAAAUUUUCAUCUUAUCAAUCUGAUCAAAGCUCCACCACCACCACAACGGGUCCAUGGUGUCGGCACCCAUAUGCAAUGGAUCUUGUGCCCUACUGUUUCGUAUCAUUUUCUUUUUUUUUUCAGCCGCACCAUAACAUGUCCCGGUUUCGACAGUCGCCCAAAUCUGUCCCUCAAAAAUCGUCGCGUGCUGGUGCAUAUUGACGUAUGCUGGUUCGCAGCAAGGUCGUAUAACAUUUGCUCUCCUAUAACCCAACCUUGCAUACAAUGAGCCCAAUUAAUUCACUACCUUCCAUUCCUUCCAUCAGCCUGGACCCGUGUGUCCCUCCUCACGCAGGGUACAUGACUACCACACCAACGACGAUCCACCUCGGGCUUUUCUCCAUGUCAUUAAAUGACGCUAAACAAUCUACAUGCGAACUUUAGUGCACCUACCACACCACCCAGUCCACUAGCCAGCCAACGGGAAGCCGCUUGACCAGCCACUCGUAACCGGACUUGUCCUUGUAGUCUAACCGAGAUAUGGGGACAUACAACGGCGUAUUGUCCCGACUAUGAUCCAUACUGUAACUGGCCAUUAUGCGCUUAGUGCACCAUGUUCGCGUUGCUUCCGCAUUCCCUUUUUGCAUGUGCACUUGCAGCGACACCCAUAACCUGUUGUUCCAUUGGCCCUAACGCAUAUGGGUCAAUCCUCCGGCUCCAGUUGUACCGUUCAGCCUGUUUCCUGACCUAGAUAAAAGCAAGCAAUCCUGCCCAUAUCCUUUCCACCGUUACAUUCCGCCGUUGCACAUCAUCCCUUCUUUCUGCAGCGUCUUUCUUCCAUACAUCUUCUUCCCCUUGCACUAUUUAGUUCCUGUUGGAGACAAAGACGUCAUGUACUUGUCCAAGCCAUGGCCAACACCAGCCUUGCUGGUUUGGCUGUCGUUCCCAUGGCUCACACUCUCCAGUUCUAUUUCUGGCUCGGGCUUUAUUGGAAUGGGCAUCCAGGUCAUGCAACCGGCUUGUGCCUGGGCCUGUACUUAUGCGCUCUCUCCUCCCCUCAACUGCACAGAGGCAGAUAUCCUGCCUCCCACUGAGGGGAUGCCUGCAUCGGAUGCACCAGAACUACCAUCUGGCCCAGGAUGGAAAGUUGUUGCUUCCCCAUCACCUGCAUGCCAAGCACACAAUGAUUUCUAUCUGCAAACCCUUGCACUGUGUCUCAAGUCAAGAUGUAACGAUGUUUCUGUUGUUACACUGUUCGAAUUUUGGAACGACCACUGGAAGGAAGAGUUUGCAGAGUACGGCAUCAACUCAUCGCUUCCUGCCAGCUACGUCGAAGUCGUCGCAUCCAUCAAGACAACGCAAGACAAAUCAUACAACGCCACUGCCUUGCUCAACUACACCGCGACCAUGUCAGAUGAGGCCUAUGAGCCGUACCGCCAAAGCAUCCGAGCUUACAUCAGAGAUGAAAUUACCAGCGGCAACUAUUCCUUCAUCCUCUUCUUCACUGGUGCACUUCUACCAAUUGCUCUCAGCUUGCUGAGACUUCUCCCCUGGCCAUCGGCUGUCAUCAGCAAGUUCAAUGCUUACAUUGUUGAUCCUCCCCUCAUCGAUCCUAAAUAUGUUGGCUUGCUGUCAAAACUCUUUGUCAUGCCAACUCGAGGUCAAGCCAUCUUUAUUGCAUAUCUCUUUAUCAUCAACAUUGUCCUGAGUUUUGUUGGAUUCGAGGUCGCCAACCCAAGCGCGUGGUAUACGAGCCCGCGGGCAGAGUUUCUUCGCUACCUGGCCAAUCGUACCGGUAUACUGACAAUGUGCAAUUUGCCAUUGGUCAUACUAUACGCCGGUCGCAACUCCGUCCUUCUCUGGGCCACCAACUGGUCAAGAACAACAUUUUUGCUUCUGCAUCGCUGGAUGGCACUCAUUUGCACCAUUCACGCCAUCAUACACAGUGUUGUGUUUUUGUACAUUGCACGUACACAACCUGGAUGGGAGCAAGAACCCACGGAAAAGUAUUGGAUUUGGGGCUCUGUUGGAACUGUCGCGUUCUCUGUGCUCAUCGUCUCGUCUAUCCGUCCUAUUCGGGCGAUAGCAUAUGAACUCUUCAUUGCUGCACAUAUUGCCGUCAGCAUCGUUGCUCUAUACGGAUCCUAUCACCACAUUGUGGACAAGUACGAGUAUUCGUACGGAUAUCAGAAUUGGAUCACUAUAUCUAUCGCGGUAUGGGCAUUUGACAGAGUCAUCCGACUCGUUCGUAUCGCGCGCCAUGGCGUCAAACGUGCCUUUGUGACGUACAUUGACGAGGACUACUAUCGCAUCGAUAUUCCUGGAAUUUCAGCAGUCGGUCAUGCCUAUCUUCACUUUCCCACUGUUAGCAAGUGGCGCAUAUGGGAAAGCCACCCAUUCUCCAUUGCUGCAGUGACUUACUGCAACAAGAUUUCGUCUACCUUGGUGAGCAGAUCCAACUCCGUAACAGAAAUUGUUACCGGAAAGUCAGUCACGCUAGACAGCCCAAUCUCCCCGGUUACGGUUUCUGAUACCGAACUGGAUCUACCACCAAAAGAGCUUGGCAUUGUCCUAUUUGUGAAGAGGCAAAAGGGUAUCACUGCCAAACUCAUGACUGCCAACUGGGGCCUCAAGGGGCUGCCUGUCCUGGUAGAGGGUUCAUAUGGUCACAGCAUGCUCUCCCCCCACGUGGAAGAGGUCGUUCCCACAUCCGAAUUUCCCAAUCUCAUAUGCAUUGCUGGUGGUGUUGGUAUCACUGGUGUCCUCCCGGCAUUGGCAAGCUUCCACUCGCUAACUAAGCCCACUGGUACAAAGAAGCUUUACUGGGGCGUUCGUACCGUGCCCCUGCUGCACUCGCUUGAGAACAUGCUCGGCUUUCAGGUAUCGUCCGCUGAGACCAAGGAGAAAACUCCAUGGUACGAUGUUGAUGUUACUCUUUCUGUUGGACAGCGACUCGACCUGAGAUCAUUGCUUGAGAGAGACUUGAAGUCAAACAAGGGCGGAACUUUGAUCACAGUCUGUGGGCCGGUCGGCAUGACUGACGAUGUUCGACAGUUUGUGUCUGGUAUUUCUCGUCAUUCGCAGGAUGGUAAAGUUAUAGUGACAAAGCUGCUGAUUGAAGCGUUUGAUUGGUAGAUAACGACAGAGGCAUCGUGGUACGCACUCUCGUUGUUGUAACCGGGUGCCAUAUAGUGUCUGUUGGGCGGAAGAGCAAAACUCCAAAAACUACAUAUUCUCAGUACAUAUUUAUUUUUGCAAUAAAUUUUCAAGUAAAAAAUAUUGGA